AUGAGGCCCUUUAGCCUAUCUGUUAAGCCAUGCACACCGACACCCACCCCACAACCACCAUUCCGGUGCUGCACCACCACUCAACCACCUAGGUUAAACAACCACAACCUUCUCUCCAUUCAAACACAGCCCUCUCAAACUCCAAAGAUGUGGGAAAAACUUCUUCUCGACUCCAAUGUCGACAACUCGGUCCGACCAUCAUUGCGGUUAACCCCAUCUUCUCCGGCGAGGCUCAAUAAAAGGUGGAUGGAGUAUCAAGGAGUGAGAAACUGGGAGGGUUUGCUCGACCCUCUUGAUGAUAAUUUACGUGAAGAGAUUAUUCGAUAUGGGUAUUUCGUCGAAUCGGCUUAUAAAUCGUUUGAUUUUGAUCCAUCAUCAUCUUCUUAUGGGAAAUGCCAGUACUCGAAAAGCUCACUACUUUGCCAGAGUGGUUUUUCGGCGACUGGUUAUCGGGUUACGAAGAACUUACGCGCCACCUCCGGCAUUCAGCUUCCACGGUGGAUUGAGAAGGCACCGAGCUGGGUCGCUACCCAAUCCAGUUGGAUUGGUUACGUUGCCGUGUGUCAAGACAAGGAAGAAAUCGCUAGGCUUGGUCGGAGGGACGUGGUGAUCGCAUUCCGUGGCACAGCCACAUGCUUGGAGUGGCUUGAAAAUCUACGCGCCACCCUUACCCACCUCCCCAACGUCGGUCCCACCAUUGAUUCCAACGAAACCAGCCCAAUGGUGGAAAGUGGGUUCUUGAGUUUAUACACUUCUGAAUCAUCAACAUGUCCAAGUUUACAAUAUCUGGUGAGAGAAGAGAUUGCGAGAAUUCUUCAAAUGUACGGCGAUGAACCACUGAGCUUCACCAUCACCGGCCACUCCCUCGGCGCAGCCCUCGCCACCCUCGCCGCCUACGAUAUCAAAACCACCUUCACCCACGUGCCACUCGUCACAGUCAUCUCCUUCGGCGGUCCAAGAGUCGGUAACCAGAGCUUCAGACUCCACCUAGAAAAACAAGGCACAAAAAUAUUAAGAAUUGUGAACUCCGACGAUCUAAUAACAAAAGUACCUGGCUUUAUCGUUGAAGAAGACGAUCAUCAAAUACGAAACAACACCGAUUUUCACAUCGGCACUAUCUCCGGUUGGAUAAAAAACAGAGUGGAAAACACACAAUGGGUCUACGCCGACGUCGGAAGUGAGCUCCGGCUAAGUAGCAGAGACUCACCAUAUCUUAACGGUAUCGAUUUCGCCACGUGUCACGAUCUGAAGACAUAUCUACACUUAGUGGACGGCUUUGUGAGCUCCACAUGUCCAUUUAGGGCUACAGCAAAGAGGGUCCUGAGAAGAACCACAGCUUAG